AUGGCGGAUAACCUCCCUUCGGAGUUUGAUGUGAUCGUAAUAGGGACGGGUUUGCCUGAAUCCAUCAUUGCGGCUGCAUGUUCAAGAAGUGGCCAGAGGGUUCUGCAUGUUGAUUCAAGAAGCUACUAUGGAGGAAACUGGGCCAGUUUUAGCUUUUCAGGUCUGUUGUCCUGGCUAAAGGAACACCAGGAAAACAGUGAUAUUGUGAAUGAAUGCCCAGCAUGGCAAGAGAAGAUCCUUGAAAAUGAAGAAGCUAUUGCUCUUAGCAGGACAGACAAAACCAUUCAACAUGUGGAAGUGUUUUGUUAUGCAAGUCAGGAUUUGCAUGAAGAUGUUGAAGAAGCUGGUGCACUACAGAAAAAUCACGCUUCUGUGACAUCUGUGAACUCCACGAAAGCUGCAGAUUCUGCCUGCCUGCCUACAGAAGAUGAGUCAUUAAGCACUACAAGCUGUGAAAUACACACAGAACAAACUCCAAGCAGUGAUCCAGAGAGACCCCUAGAAGUAAAUGAUGUUCAAGUGACAGGGGAAAAAGAAAACGACUGUGAUGAUAAAACUUGUGUGCCCUCAACUGCAAAAAAGGAAACAAGUGAAAAUGUGCCUGUGGCUGAAGACACAGCAGAACAGCCAAAGAAAAAUCGGAUUACUUACUCUCAAAUCAUUAAAGAAGGCAGGAGGUUUAAUAUCGAUUUGGUAUCAAAGCUAUUGUAUUCUCGAGGAUUGCUGAUUGAUCUUCUAAUCAAAUCUAAUGUUAGUCGAUAUGCAGAGUUCAAAAAUAUUACCAGGAUUCUUGCCUUUCGAGAAGGAAGAGUGAAACAGGUUCCUUGCUCCAGAGCAGAUGUCUUUAAUAGCAAACAACUUACUAUGGUAGAAAAGCGAAUGCUAAUGAAGUUUCUCACAUUUUGUAUGGAGUAUGAGGAACAUCCUGAUGAAUAUAAAGACUUUGAGGAAAUUACAUUUUCUGAAUAUUUAAAAACUCAAAAAUUAACCCCCAACCUCCAAUAUUUUGUCCUGCACUCAAUUGCAAUGACAUCAGAGACAGGCAGCAGUACCAUAGAUGGUCUCAAAGCUACCAAAAACUUUCUUCACUGUCUUGGGCGAUAUGGCAACACUCCAUUUUUGUUUCCUUUAUAUGGUCAAGGAGAACUCCCUCAGUGUUUCUGCAGAAUGUGUGCAGUGUUUGGUGGAAUCUAUUGUCUUCGCCAUUCAGUACAGUGCCUUGUAGUGGACAAAGAAUCUGGAAAAUGUAAAGCAAUCAUAGAUCAGUAUGGUCAGAGAAUAAUCUCUAAGCAUUUCCUUGUGGAAGACAGUUAUUUGUCUGAGAACACAUGCUCACAUGUGCAAUACAGGCAGAUCUCCAGGGCAGUCUUGAUUACAGAUAGAUCUGUUCUCAAAACAGAUUCAGAUCAACAGAUUUCCAUUUUGACAGUGCCAGCAGAGGAACCAGGAACUUUUGCUGUUCGAGUCAUUGAGUUAUGUUCGUCAACAAUGACAUGCAUGAAAGGCUCAUAUUUGGUUCAUUUGACUUGUACAUCUUCUAAAACAGCAAGAGAAGAUUUAGAACCAGUUGUGCAGAAAUUGUUUACUCCAUAUACCGAAACGGAGAUAGAAAAUGAAGAAGUUGAAAAGCCAAGACUUCUGUGGGGUCUUUACUUCAAUAUGAGAGAUUCUUCAGAUGUCAGCAGGAACUCUUAUAAUGAUUUACCAUCCAACGUUUAUGUCUGCUCUGGCCCAGACUGUGCUUUAGGAAAUGAUAAUGCAGUCAAACAGGCUGAAGCACUUUUCCAACAAAUCUGCCCCAACGAAGACUUCUGUCCACCCCCACCGAAUCCUGAAGACAUUAUCCUUGAUGGAGACAGUUUACAACCAGAGGCUUCAGAAUCCAGUGCCUUACCAGAGGCCAACUCAGAGACUCCCAAAGAAAGCUCAAAUCUGAGAAACCCAGAGGAGCCCUCUGAAUAA